ACCAGCGUUAAGCAGAAGAAGAAGAAGCGUCACUGUUUGGGAUCUAGGCUGAGACUAGUCCAGUGACAGGAGUGUAUUAAACUGAUCUACGGUCAGCCAUGACUCCAGAGGACAGGUGGAGGAGGACAGCAAGCAGAGCUUCAGCAGCUGACCCUGGAUCGAUAUGUUGAAUCAGGCGGCUGCAGAUGUCAUCAUCAUCAUCGCUUCCUGCGUGAAUCUCCCUCCCACGUCGCUCCACGAGCCCGUCGCUUUGGACACGUAGCUGUAGCUCCAGCCCCGGCCGGAGGACGCUUCUCCCCGCAGCCAUGGCCAGGUCCAGCCGCAGGUACAGCAAGCUUCUGCCGCAGAGCAACAGCGGCGGAGGCGGCGGCUCUCUCCCCGGCUGUGAGCGGGUGCGGAAGCCCCGAGCCCGGGUCCUGCUGCUGGGUCUCCUCGGUGUUCUGGUGCUGGCUGUGGUUCUGAGCGUCUACCUGACCAACGACACCUCCGACGGACACGUGGGCCGCCUGUCAGCCGUGGAUCUGGUUAAAGAUAGGUUGGCCCACAAACCCAGUAAAGUCUCUGCAGCUCAGAUCCGCCGCCUGGCCUCUUCAGUCGAUGGCGCUCGCUUGUGGGAGACUCACCUGCGGCCGAUCCUAAGAGAGAGGCUCCCAGGAACGCGAGGCAGCCAGGCGGUACAGAAGCACAUCACCUCCACCCUGUCCUCUCUGUCGGCCGGCUGGUCCGUAGAUCUGGACUCCUUCCAGUCUCCGACCCCUCGUGGGAAAGUCACCUUCACCAACGUCAUUGGCGUCCUGGACCCCACGGCCCCGCGGCGGCUCCUCCUGGCCUGCCACUACGACUCCAAAGCGCUUCCUGCUGACCAGCGGGCCCCAGGGAAGGUGUUUCUGGGGGCCAGUGACUCUGCUGUGCCCUGUGCCAUGAUCCUGGAGCUGGUCGCUUCUCUGGACGCACAGCUCACAUCAUUCAAACAGCAGAAACUCCCGGUCACCCUGCAGCUGGUGUUCUUCGACGGCGAGGAGGCGUUUGAGGAGUGGACGGCCACGGACUCGCUGUACGGCUCCCGUCACCUGGCCGAGCUCAUGGCCGACACGGCCCACCCUGCGGCCUCGCCUCACGCCACCGUGCUUCAGGCUGUGGACCUGUUUGUGCUGUUAGACCUGCUCGGUGGUCCCGAUCCUCUCAUCGCAAAUCAUUUCGACAACACGGCGCGAUGGUUUGACCGACUGAUUUCUGCAGAGAAAAGGCUCCAUCGGCAGGGUCUCCUGACGUCCCACCCCUCAGAGCAGACCUACUUCAGGAAGGACGUCUACCUGGGGCCCGUUCAGGAUGAUCACAUCCCCUUCCUUCACAGAGGUGUCCCCGUGUUACACAUCAUCCCCACUCCCUUCCCUCAGUUCUGGCACACGCUGGACGACACGGAGGAGAACAUGCACCGUCCAACCGUGGAGAACCUCACCAAGAUCAUGGCCGUGUUCCUGGCAGAGUACCUGGGCCUCUGAUGGACGUCCAAGCAGGAGUCAAGCAGGAACGACCAGCUACAAAGCAAACCUCUGGUCCAACUGAACCGGGAAAGUCUGAAACUAAAGUCCUGUCCCUGCUGAGUCAGCGUCAGUUUCAUGUCAACGAAGCCUUAACAAUGAUUGACCCGUUAUAAUGAGGAAGAUGCACUUUUUUUCUUGAAGACAGACUUGAAAUGAGCUGAACUCUGUUUGAAGUUACCGCGGUGGUGAGCGACGGGGAGAUCUCUGAAUAAUUUCUCCAAACUUUGCCUUGAGAUCACUGAAGAUCUUUCUAGAUGCUGCUUUUAGGUGCAUCAUCUAACAUUUUCAAGAUCUCUAAACUGUAAAUGUUCUACAUGAUGUGUUAUUUGACACAAGGUUAGACUGUCUGGAAGUUCAAAGCAUUUUAGUUUAUUUCUUUUUUUUUUUUCCAGGCAAAUUGUUACACUUUGCUCAUGUAGAAUAAUUCACCAGCAUUGUCCUUGAAAUGAGCUCAACGUCUGGUUUAUUAUAAACGUCCUGAUGCUGUGAACACCACGCCCGAUGUGAAUCAAACUUAAUUUUUGCUAAUUUUAAAGUCCUGGUACCCCGACUGAUCCUUGGUUUGUCUAUAAGUGGGAUUCUAACAGUCUUGGCACAUGUGGUGGAGAGGAAGAGGAGGAUGACACAAGCGUGGAGGUGUUGGGCGUCGUCUCUGAGGCUGCGGGCUGCCUUGAGGAGAAACAUCAUUCUCAGAAGACGGGUGGACUCCUCCUGAAGGUCCUCCAGCGAGUGGAGUUUGGAAACUGAAGCGGGAAAUAAAACAGCGAUAGAGAUGCAUUAGAAAAGCAAGAGUGAUCUUUUAUUUAUUAUGACUCAAUCUCACCACACGGGGGCGCUGUUGCUCCUUUUAAAAGCUCACAACAAUGUUAAAUGAUUUCUAUUGUUUGAAACAUGGGAGAACUAGAACUUUGUGGCUCUUUUGCUGUUGUUUAAGUCGCUUCAGGAAAUGAUCGUGUUUCUUCCAGCCAGAUCGAUACAAUUAAAGCUUCUUAGUGAACUUUAAAAGUACUGUAGGUUGACUUUAAAGAGGACACAUCAUGCUUUUUAGUUCUUUUCACAUUUAAGUCAUUCAGCUGUGGUCUUUAUAAAGUGGAACUGAAAUGUU